AUGGCUGCAGGCGUAUGGGAUGACUACAACAACUUUAUCACUUCGUUCAUUCCAAAGCAGACGAUCCUCAAGCUCCGUCUCUUUGCCGACAAGUUGACGGUGCACUCGGGCAUCAACCUCCACCUCAAGAGUCAGGAGCGCAAGAGUGACCUGGUGGACAAGAUCCGCACCGCGUUCAACACGCUGAGGAAGAGCGACAACCAGCGCGCGUACCUCAUCAUCCGUCGCGAGUGCGAGCAGAUUGCGGCCAACAACCCCCGCCAUCGCGGGCUCGAGUUCAUGCCGCCGCCGACGUUUGGCGGUGUGCCGUCUUCGUCCAACUUUACUGCGCCCUCCUCAUCACGUCAACCUACAUUAGCAUACUCGCAGCCUCGCCCUGCGGGGACUAGCGGUUGGAACCAGGUGCAGGGAGUGGGAGCCACCAGCAACGCGUACAGCCAUCCUCGCCAAUACAUCCUGCAAGACUGGAGGGAAAGCCCCAUGUGGAAACCCAUCAAGGCGCUGUCCCACAUGGAGAUGCUGCCAGACAUCCAGUCGUCGGAAAGCUCGAACACGAGGCGAGAGAAGAGGGUGCACUUCCAGCUGCCCAACGACGUGAUUGAACUGCUCAAGAAGAGCAAGAGCGACCCACGAAGCCGACCUCAAUACUCUAUCCGUCUCUUCUGCGCGUCAUCGGAAUGGUUCAGGCCACAGGGCCUGGCCGCCCCCCCAGGCGCGCCGCCCGUGACCAACCGCUCCAUCCCCAUCGAGUACCCUUCCAGCCCCGACGUGUUACUCGACGACCAGGUCGUGCCGUUUAAAGAGCGUGGCCUGCGCGGAAAGGCCGGCAGUGCCCCACCGCUUGAUAUCGACAAGAGCCCGCGCGGGCUGGUCAUGAUGCCUGGCCGCAUGGCGACGGUGACGAUGAGCCACACCGGGCCCACACCCGUCAGCAAGAAGAAGGAGUUUUCAAAGAAAUUCUGGUUCCAGCUUGUCGUGUGCGAAAUGACGUCCAUGGAAGACCUGUUAACGAGGCUCGAGGCUUUGCCACCGACCAACGCAGCUGCCGAGCGCGAGAAGCUGCGCAAGCUUGCAGCAGAAGACGACGACAUCGAGGUUGGCAGCUCAGCCCUGUCGCUCAAGGACCCACUCUCUGGCAUGCGCAUCGCCAAGCCCAUUCGCUCGAUCAGGUGCGGCCACUUGCAGUGCUUUGACGCUCGCUGGUGGCUCGAGUCGAACAAGAGUCACCCCCAAUGGCUCUGCCCGCACUGCAGCAAGGAGCUCAAGUUUGAAGAGGUCAUCUGCGACGGCUACUUUUUAAGCAUCCUCUCGGCUGUUCCCGACGACUACGACGAGGUGACGCUCGAGUCCAACGGCGACUGGCACACAGCCGACGGAAAGUAUGGCACCGCCGAAUGGGUCGCCAAGAAUGCCGCGCCCAAGCCUGCUGCUACCGCCGCCGCCGCCGCCACGACGGUCAGCCUCAAGCGCAGCCGCUCGCCGUCCAUGCAGGGUACACCCGACAAGGGCAAGCGCCGCGCGAUCGAGAUUCUGUCCGACUCGGACGACGACGACAUGCCCAUCCUCGCCCAGCCCAACGGCCACCACGCCAACGGCGGCGUCUCGCAGCCGUCGUCGUUCCGCGCCUCGAGCUCGGCGCAGCCCCAAGCCGCCCCGGCCGUCAUUGACCUCACGCUGUCCGACUCGGACGACGACGAAGACGAAAGCGACGGUCUCGUCCCCCAGCGGAAUUUUCAGCGGCCGGGCGUAGAAUCUUCGAGUCACGGCGUCGCAGGCUCGACAGCUCCGCGUCCGGCUAGCACGGCUUUGGGCAGCGAUGUGUGGGACUCCAUCCCCUUUUCGUCUGUGCGCGACCUCGAUGACGAAGAGUGGGGUGACUUUUUCAACGCCAGGCAGGCCAACGGCAACGUCAACGGCAACGGCAGUGGGCACUAG